ACGUUACGGACGUGUUGGCGGAUGCAAACAAAUGCAGAACGGUAUUGGCGGUGCGCGACCAAACCUUUUCCGUUUACCUAAUUUCUAGUAGCAAAAACAGUUCUUCUUCAAUUACUUUCAAUUUUACUUGCUUCAAAUUAAUCGAAAUUUAAUUAUCAAAUCCAUCUCGUUAACUAAUUAAUGUGUAAUUAUGUAAAAGCAAUGGAAUUGUGCAAAAAAAUUAAAAAAAAAAAUUAAUGUGCGAAAUGUGAGUGUUACAAUGAAUGAAAAAAAACCAAGUACGACAGCGCAAAAUUGAAGAGCAGUAAAAUCGAAAGCGAUAGUACGCCGUGGAAAUUGGGACGACGACGAGGACAGUCGUCGGAAGGAAGUUCACAUUCUUGCAUGUGUACAAAAACCAAAACAGCAAUAAGGAAUCUUUUCAAAUCAAACGAUGAACUUAGAAACAUGCAAACUGAAAAGAAAUGCACACGUACAUACGUCUAUGUAUGCACAUAAGGCCGGAAAGGCGCAUGCUAUGUCAGUAAGUCAAAGUCAGAGUAGGCGUACACUCAUAAAAAGGAAUUAAGGACGGUUCUAUGCAAGGCGACCAAAAAGAGGAGGAGGAGGAGAAUGUCAAGCUGUAGAAAGGCUGGUAAAAAGUUCGUCUUGCAUUAUUAAAAUUCCUUUGCUGCGCAGUCGAGAAGAAAACAUGACACAAAUUGCAAAACUCAGCCCCCACAAAAGCAAGCAAAACCAACCAAAAAAAAAAAGUAAAAAAUCAGCAACGCCAACAACAAACAAAAACCAACAACAGCAGUAGCUGUAACAAAAUCAGCUUUUAAACUCAGCAACCAAAAAAUACUAAACUUAAGCACGCCAACUUGAAAGCUCACACAAAUACAAAUAAAAAUAAAAAAAGCAGUGCAUCCCGGAGAAGACCUCGCCGCUUUAAAGCGUUUUCAAUAUACUACAAACAUACAUACAUACAACACUCGCUUAGUAAGUGACUGCCAGCUUGAAUGGAGAAGGACCUUUACAAUCGUUCUUGCGAUUUAUGUUAAGGACAAGUGGCGCCAUUUGCACAGUGCCCCCCAUCCGUCAAGCUUCAACCGGCACAACAACGCGCAUAGCCGCUUGUGUGGAAGGACAGCCGCAGCCACAGCCACAGCCACAAAAGCGGCAAGGCGGUACAAGCGGUUUGUAAACAGACGCAACCGCAACGAUUAACAAAGAUUCUUCGAAGCAUUCCUCGCUUGCCCGCGUUGCAGAGAACUCAUGCACGCCGCCCCCAUCCAAUCAACAGCAGAGCGCGCAGUGAGUCUACGUCAGCAGCAUAAAAUAGUGCCGUAGGUGUUUGGCUGCUGCUGCUGCUGCUGCUGCAACGACGCGAGCGCAAGCCUUUCGAGUACUGGAGGGCAGUGAGUGACGUUUAUGCGCUCAACUCGGCAUGGGCGACCUACAAGCAACAAUUGAAUUUUCCGUUGAGCUCUACAAAUUCUUCAAUGUUGACUUAUUUCAACGAGGCCUCUACCAGGUACGUUGCGGCCUGCGUGUCUCACCGCGACUUCCCGUGCAGGUGGAAACCAGUAUACCAGACACACCGCAAAACAAUUCACAUUCGGCAGAAGUGCACACACAAGCGCAGACAGCCACGAACGGUGGCAGCGGUGGUGGUGGUGACAGCAGCGGCGGUGACGGGGGCGGGGGCGAGGGCGAGGGCGAUAUACUGCAGGAGCAGCGCGACGCCCAGGAUACGAAUGGCGGCAGCCUAUUGUCAGGAUCUGCAUGCAUAAUUAACGGCUGCGGUGCAUCGCGCAUCUUUCAGAUUCUCUACAGGAAUGAGGAAGUGGCGUUGCGCGAUGUCAUUCACUUUCGUACACACUUGUUGGUCGACAGCCGUCACUUGAAGGAAUCCAUUGAACGUGCUGAGUUCUCAUUGCAAUUGGAACUGUGGUUUGGUGAACAGAAUGGCACCAGCGCACUAUCGUUGGCCUCUACACGCACCUUACAGCUGAAUUUCCAUCCAGGUCGAGGGCUGCACUACCAUCUGCCGGUGCUAUUCGAUUACUUCCACUUGGCCGCCAUUAGCGUUGGCAUCCAUGCUAGUUUGGUGGCGCUGCAUCAGCCCUAUAUAAAGAAAACACUUUUCCGUUACAUUAAACUCUGCGCACCCAAAAGCUCCAAAGCCUGGAGUGGCAAAUUGAACUGUCGUGGCAGCAUGUCGCCCGGCCCACUAGAGGCUGUCUUUUUCGGCCCACAAAUUGUGGGCACCACCAAAUGCAGCGGCGGACCUGCUGGUCGUCUUUUGCAGUCGCGACAGAUACAUCAUGAAAUCUGUAGUCUACUGUUGGGCGCCAUCGAGAAUCUGAAGGCGACUCUCAAUGAGUUCAGUGCAGUGCUGACGAAGAGCAUGAAUAACCAAAUCGGCUCACCACCGUUACGAGAGAAUGAUGCCUCCGAGCGUUUACAGCAUUUUACCGAAGCGGCCAAGCUGCAUGAUACCGAGGAGGACUUUGCAAUCCGUGCCAAUUCCGACAUCGCCCAGCUAUGCGCCGAAUGCAUCAUGUUUUGGCGACGCGUUAUACUCGCCUCAUCUCAGUCCGCGGUGCACACUCUACUUGCCAAGAAGCACCACAUCUUGCGAGUGCAACGCUUCGCCGAAGGUUUCUUUGUCAACGAAAAUCCGCGCCAUUCGGCGGCUGGUUGCUACGACAGUAACUACCAAAACUAUGUAGCCAUCGCCGAAAUGGCACGCCGCAGUCGCUACUUACAGUCGUUGCCACCGCUGCCGGUACAUUGCACACCCAUUGAUGGCGACGCCAGUUCGUUGCCGCUGAUAUUUGAGGAUCGUUACGUGGAACCACCGAGCUAUACACGUAGACGCACCGGCAGCGAUCCGCAUUUGAAUAGUCACGAGAGUCUGGUGAGCUCCUGUGGCAGCAGUACGCCCAAACCACCACCUCCGCCCGCCUGCAUGCUCGAUAAGACGCAUUCGGUGAACAGUCUGAGCGGACGCAGUUCGAACUCCAAGGAAUGUUCAUGUACCGUUAAUUUUGAGUAUCAGAGUAGCCCUGGCUGUGUAGCAGGAGUGCUUACUCCACGAUUCGCCUUAGGUGGGGAAAUAUUGCAGGCGAGUUUGACCAUUGCAACGACGGCAGCUGCAAAGGCACCGGCCACCGACGUUCUUAAUCAACGGCAGAUGUCACGACACUCCGUCACAGGUCUACUCGAAGAUGGUGAUAAUAAUGAGGCAGCUAAUGAAUACAACUAUAAUACGAACGGUACAUUACCAACACGUCACAGUAAGUCUUUGGACCAGCUAGACGGUACAGUUCACAGUACUCCAUCUCUUCGCACUCACAGUCAUACACAACAGCUUAAUCUGCAUUCUUCGCAAACGCAAUCGGAGUCUAAUUAUAAGCACUUCAGUGUUGGCGCCAGUGUUUCUAGUUUGGCUAAUAAAGUCGAUCAGUCGAGCUCGCGGAAGCACAAAACACAAGCUGAAGAUCUCAUGCGCAACAUUUCGGAGUUUCGACAGAAGUACAAGAACUGUGAAGACGGGGCACGUUGCGAACAAAAAUUGUAUUUGAAUGGCAAUGGCACGCCGCACGCCAACAAUCUCAGUUUGAAUGGCUGCAGCCGGUCGGUGGUAAGCACUUUGAACCGCCAGUUAAAUACCAACGAACGCGCCGGUAAGUUCGACUAUCUGCAUGAAAUACGAAUGCUAAAUUCGCCAAAGCAGCUAACGCUUUGCUCGCACUACAAUUCGUUGCCAAAAUACAAUGGAAAUGGACUGAUUCCACCGAGAAACUCAUAUCCUCCAAUCAACUCGAAGAAAAUCAACGGCUGCUUAGAGAACGGCACCAAGGUUAUCCCAAAGCCUACAUUGACAGCAACUCAGCAACAACACACCAUACCGCGCAGUAGCUCCUCACAGGCACUACGCCAGAGGUCCCAAGGCGAUGUAAACUUCCAAACGAACUCAUCGUCGACCAUACCGCGUUCAGUUGAGAUCGCGCGAGUCCGAGUGUCCGACCUUAAGGAAAUGUUGAAGAACGGUACUUUGAAGAAAGAGUCAAGUAGCUCUGAAAGUGAUAUAGCCUCCAAAGUGCAUUCAUCGAAAAGUAGCGACCAUAAAAUGCUAUCUUCGCUGAGUGUGCCCUUUAAACUGGAGUCCUUAAACAAUACUAGCAGCGAACAGAAUACCAGCGGGUUUAGCGAGUCGCUACCAAAUCUGGCGCCACCGCCACAGUUCAACUCUGAAUCGGGGCAAAAACGCAAACUUGUGCUGAGCAAUUCCACAUCAUCAUUGAGUGAAGAGAGCGGUUGGGUCUCUAGUCGACGCAGUUCGCUUGGUCCAUCUAGUCCCGAAACCAUCACGAACAAUGAGAAAAACGUGAAGAAAGAACAAGCACAUAUCAACGGCAUGGAGACGCGGCUCAACGGUGAGCAGCUACGUCUUAAACUACAACAACUAUUGGAUCAACAAAAUCAAAAAACCAUCAAAAAACACAAUUCAACGAAACGCGAUACGAGUCAAAAUCAUAAAACCAACGGAGCGAGCAACGAAGUAUCUAUUCAUCGCAAAGUGUCAUCGGUAACACUGAAAAUGAAGCCCGAUUAUAGUAGAACCGAAAUGCAUUUACGUCGGCAUUUACAACAUUUACCAAAUGGCGAGUCAACGGAGACCGAUGACUUGGAAAUUCCCUCCCGAAGAGAACGCUCGCGACAUGCUAAACAUGAAAAAUCUAAAUCCGAUUUUGAUUUGGUCAGUUUGAAAGAAAAUGCACCGCUGGAAAAUGUGCGAGUGCCACCACCUCAACAAUUUCAAGAUGACCUCCUGCCACCCGACGAAUUUCGUGAUCCACCCUUACAGGGAUCACAUGAAAAAGAAAACGCCAACAAGUCGCAUUCCGCCAAUACAACAAAGAUCAUUGAUACAUCCAAAAAUAGCAACAGCAAGAAGAGUAAUACACAGUUCAGCAUAUCGACGACGCAUACGAUCAACGAUAUCAAAACCAUGCCAACACACAUACCCAAAACGAAACUGAAGCACAACCAAAACUUUAAGAUCAGUCCUAAAAAGAGUCGUCCAACACACACCGUAGCAGUUAUUCAGUCACAAAAUCCAAAGUGCAUGCAACAAUCUUCGCCCACUACGACGCUAGUGGUCACACCAUCCCAGCUAAAGAGCAUCGCCCAGCAGCAGAGCCUGCUGGAGCUACUGGAGCCCAGCCCUGCCAUCGACAACCCAGUCUAUCACAUUUACGAGUCACUAAAACCCAUCGCCACACCCGCCAUCUUUACAAACAAACCGCUAUUGAAAUCGCACAGCAUCAUCGAACUCAAACACAGCCAUGGCGAACAAUUCUACAAUAACAGCCACUGUAAGACUGCGGCGCAUCAGCACUUGGCCCACACCAACGUCGGCAACACCGCGGUACCACACAACGGCCACCACAGUCAUGAGCACACGCAGCGCUCUCACUCCGUCGAUUGCACCGAAGAUGAGGAUAAAGAAAACACCAGCACCACACAAAACCAGAUGCCAGUGGCGCGCACCGAUAGCCAAAAGUCAAACAGGUCACUGCAGUUGACAAAACGUACGAAAAUCGGCGGUGCCGGCUACACCAACCCGGAGGCCACAAACACUUCACUUUUAGAAUUCGAAAAAUAUCGCGAAGAAUUUCGCAAACAAAUCAAAUACACCGGAAGCAUUUAUUCGGACUUUGCUAAGCUGGCGUCCGAACUGCCAUACUUUAGCAUUAGCGACGAGUACCGCGCUUUCUCGCCCAACGGUAUGCAUUUAAUUAUCUGUGUUCACGGAUUGGAUGGAAACGCAGCCGAUUUGCGAUUGGUACGCACCUACCUGGAGUUAGGACUACCCGGCGCUAAUUUGGAAUUUCUAAUGUCGGAACGCAAUCAAGGCGAUACAUUCUCCGAUUUCGAAACAAUGACCGAUAGACUUGUCGCUGAAAUACUGUAUCAUAUCGAGACGUGUGGCCUAAAUCCGACGCGCAUUUCAUUUGUCGCUCACUCCUUGGGUACAAUCAUUGUGCGUAGCGCCUUGGCACGCUCACAAAUGCGCCCGCUACUGCCGCGCCUACAUACAUUCCUAUCGCUAUCGGGGCCGCAUUUGGGCACACUCUACAACACAAGCGGGCUGGUCAAUAUGGGCAUGUGGUUCAUGCAGAAAUGGAAGAAAUCCGGCUCUCUCCUACAGCUUUGCAUGCGCGAUACAGCGGAUCUGCGUAGCUCGUUUCUCUAUCGGCUGAGCCAGCGCAGCACGCUGCAUCAUUUCAAGAAUAUACUGCUCUGCGGUUCCAGCCAAGAUCGCUAUGUGCCAGCGCAUUCGGCGCGUUUAGAGCUCUGCAAGGCAGCUAUACGCGAUAAUUCCAAUUUGGGAACGGUUUACAGGGAAAUGAUUCAUAACAUAAUCGCACCGAUAUUAGCACGCCCCGAAUUGAAUUUAGCCCGUUACGAUGUUCAUCAUGCGCUUCCGCAUACAGCAAAUACGCUCAUCGGUAGAGCAGCGCAUAUUGCUGUACUCGACUCGGAAUUAUUCAUAGAGAAAUUUUUAUUGAUCGCGGGUUUGAAAUAUUUCAGUUAACCACUGAGAUCAGUACUUUAAAGACAAUUGAUUGCGGCGUAUGGACGAUAGGGAUUGUGAGCGUAGAAAUUGGGCACUGUUAAAAAAAAAAAGUUAGCAUUUAGUCGUAGUUACUGUUAUACGCCUUAGAGAACAGAUUAGGGUAAACAUACGAAUUGAUCAAGUAUUAAGCAGGGAUUCACAACUACAUAGAAAAUUGGGCGCUGGAAUUUGAAAUGUAUAAGGGAAAAAUUUAUGUUUAAACUUUUUCUAAAAAUGUCAUUAUCAAACUUUAUUCUUUUCUUAGUCCUCUCAAAAUAUCGCUGGAAUAUUCGUGUGAGGGAAAUCUUUUUUUUUAUAGAUCCACGGGACCUCGGUUUUGUUUUUUUUGUAGAUUUUAUUUAUUGCAAAAUGCAAUAGAAGGGCACCCGCCUGUCACCUCUCACUCGGCUUGACAGCUCUCCUCUCAUACUAGUAGCCGGGCACUGCCUAAUGGGUAUGCAUUAUAAAAGGUUGGGAUACUCAACGAACGACUUUUGUGGCAGCUGCAGAGACGAGGAAUAGGUGGAGAGCAUCGACCACUAUCUCGCCACAGUACCGCCCUAGCCAAAAUGCGCAACCACUUCUUCAGCAAGUAUUUUUCAGAUUUCUUGGCCGGUCUAAGCUCAGCGGACAUUCAAAUUGUUUGUGCUAUAGAAAAUUUAAUCGGUGGUUCAACUAUUGAGGGUGGGAAAGAAGCGAAUGGAUUCCGUGCAUGCGUACAUCGAUACAUCGAUGUUUUUUGAAAACUGACAUCUCUAAUACCUCGAACCGCCAUUUCAGUUUUUCAAUUAUACAAAAAGCAAAAGCGAGUUUGGAAAAAAAAUUGAAAUGGCUCUAAAAAGUUUCGUUAGACACAUGCAGCCCAAUUCUGAAUACUCCCAGGGAGUUUGUUCUCCGGGAAUUUGUUUCUCCCGAGAAAGAAAUCCCCCAAUAA